AUGUCAAAGGAAACCUUCGCAUUCAACGCCGAUAUUAGGCAGUUAAUGAGUUUAAUCAUUAACACAUUUUACAGCAACAAGGAAAUUUUCUUAAGAGAACUGAUCAGUAAUGCAAGUGACGCUCUGGAUAAGAUAAGAUAUGAAGCCAUUACGGAUACGCAGAAAUUGUCGGCGGAGCCCGAGUUCUACAUUAAAAUUAUUCCAGACAAAACGAACAACACGCUAACGAUUGAAGAUUCUGGUAUUGGUAUGACAAAAAAUGACUUGAUUAACAACCUGGGAACGAUCGCCAGAUCGGGAACGAAGGCAUUUAUGGAGGCCAUUCAAGCCAGUGGGGACAUUUCCAUGAUUGGACAGUUUGGUGUAGGUUUUUACUCAGCCUACCUUGUGGCAGAUCACGUGGUUGUUGUGUCGAAGAAUAAUGACGAUGAGCAAUACGUUUGGGAAUCUGCAGCUGGUGGUUCUUUCACCGUCACGAAAGAUGAAACUAAUGAGAAAAUGGGAAGAGGUACCAAAAUUAUUCUCCACCUGAAGGAUGACCAAUUGGAAUAUUUGGAAGAAAAACGAAUUAAGGACUUGGUGAAGAAGCACUCUGAAUUUAUUUCCUUCCCAAUUAAGUUAUACUGUGAAAGACAGAACGAGAAGGAAAUCACCGCUUCGGAGGAUGAAGCAGACGAGGAAGAUGCUGAUGGAGAAAAGAAGAAAUCUGGAAAGGACCAACUGGAGGAUGGAGAAAAGCAGACCCAAGAAGGCGAAGAUGCUGAUAAGGAAAAGAAAGAAGACAAUGAGGAAGAAGAAGAUAAGGAGAAAGGAGAUGACCACCCCAAAGUGGAAGACGUAACGGAAGAGUUAGAAAAUGCUGAGAAAAAAAAGAAAAAGGAAAAGAAAAAGAAAAAAAUCCACACCGUUGAACAUGAGUGGGAAGAAUUAAACAAACAGAAACCCCUCUGGAUGAGAAAACCUGAGGAAGUCACCAAUGAAGAGUAUGCCAGUUUUUACAAAUCUCUAACCAACGAUUGGGAAGACCACCUAGCUGUCAAGCAUUUCUCUGUUGAAGGACAACUAGAAUUUAAGGCUCUUUUAUUUAUCCCGAAAAGAGCCCCCUUCGAUAUGUUCGAAAAUAGAAAGAAGAGAAAUAACAUCAAGUUGUAUGUCAGACGUGUUUUCAUCAUGGAUGACUGUGAGGAGAUCAUCCCUGAGUGGCUCAACUUUGUGAAGGGUGUUGUCGACUCGGAGGACCUACCACUGAACAUCUCCAGAGAGUCCCUACAACAGAACAAAAUUCUGAAGGUCAUCAAAAAGAACCUUAUCAAGAAAUGCCUAGACAUGUUUGCUGAGCUGGCCGAGAACAAGGACAACUACAAGAAGUUCUACGAACAGUUCAGUAAGAACCUGAAGCUGGGUAUCCACGAGGAUAACGCGAAUCGCGCAAAGAUCACUGAGUUGCUCCGCUUCCAAACCUCCAAGUCCGGUGAUGAAAUGAUAGGACUGAAGGAGUACGUCGACAGAAUGAAGGAGAACCAAAAGGACAUCUACUACAUCACUGGUGAAUCCAUCAAUGCGGUGUCCAACUCUCCAUUUUUGGAAGCCCUAACGAAGAAAGGAUUUGAAGUGAUAUAUAUGGUUGACCCGAUCGAUGAGUAUGCAGUACAACAGCUGAAGGACUUCGAAGGAAAGAAAUUAAAAUGUUGUACCAAGGAAGGUCUCGACAUUGAUGACUCUGAGGAAGCUAAAAAAACCUUCGAAACGAUGAAGGCUGAAUAUGAGGGUCUAUGUAAAGUCAUAAAGGAUGUGCUCCAUGAGAAGGUAGAGAAAGUAGUUGUUGGACAGAGAAUCACCGAUUCACCAUGUGUGUUGGUUACCUCUGAAUUUGGCUGGUCAGCAAACAUGGAAAGAAUUAUGAAAGCCCAAGCUUUGAGAGAUAACUCCAUGACUAGCUAUAUGUUGUCCAAAAAAAUUAUGGAAAUCAAUGCACGCCAUCCAAUCAUUACUGCAUUGAAGCAGAAGGCAGACGCAGACAAGUCUGACAAAACGGUCAAGGAUUUAAUAUGGCUCCUAUUCGAUACGUCUCUUUUGACGUCCGGAUUUGCGCUUGAGGAACCCACCACCUUCUCUAAGAGAAUCCACAGAAUGAUUAAAUUGGGUCUGUCCAUCGAUGAGGAUGAGAACAACGACAUUGAGUUGCCACCUUUGGAGGAGACCAUCGACGCUACGGACUCCAAGAUGGAGGAAGUUGACUAA